AUGCAUACUAACCCUCUCCACUGGCACGAAACCACUCACGGCCGCUGGGAACGCGACAUCGACGAGCCAGAACGGUUUUACGCAACUCUAGCCAGGCUAUUCGAAGGCACUGGGAGGACCUUCUUCGCCAUCACUGGCUAUGUUUCCAUCUCCCUCCCCAUCGACUCAAAAUUUCACACAGAGUCUGAGCAAGGACAACUCGUCGAAUCAGCGUUUCGACAGGCUUGGGCUCAACUCCGAUACGAACACCCAACUCUCGCAUCAACUGUCGAGUUUGAUAACGAGAAAAAGAAGUGCGUAAAAGUUUACCAUACCCUCGCCACCGUCGACGACGAAUCACAAUGGCUCUCAUCAUCUUUUAAAGUCAUUAACAAUGGCCAAACCGGUGACCAGAUCAGCAAUGCCGAUCCACCAGUUGAGAAAUACGCAACACUAUUCCUUAUCACUCCCCCAGCCCCCAAAGGAGAAUACACAAGUCUAAGGAGAGACAUCGUGUUCCGCUGCCACCAUUCUAUAAUAGACGGCAUUGGGACCCUCAUUCUACUAAACAACCUCCUCAUCCACGCCGCCUCAGGCUACACACUUCAAGAUUCCUACCAUCUUGACUCCCUCAACGGUACCGAAACGACGAACCUCUCCCCGUCCUUCCAUGUCGCCGCCAAUCUUGCCAACCCCCCAACGCAGGCACAGCAAGAUCGUCUCACAGAAAUUCUAGCUUUCAACUCAGAUGCCACCUCGCUUGACUCCAAUUCCACCGUCCUGUCACUCCCCUUCCGCAAAUCUCCCUCAAACCCUCCAGGGCCCUCCCAACGCAGCCUCCUCAAGCUUAGCGUGGCUGAAACCUCUGCAGUCUUGGAGAAAUGCAAAGCCCUAGGCUUGACACCCACACACGCCUUUCAUGCUGGAAUCGUGCUCGUAUUGCGCAAUCUGCAACCUCGCAAUGACCUUGCCCGAAAGGGGCGGUAUAUCAAUUACAGUCUGCUCAAUCUACGCUCCUACUGUUCACCGCCGUACGACUCAGCCCAGCAUGCAGCUGCGGUGUAUCAUUCCGCAUCUGGCAAGUCGCUCGUUAUAGAUGUCAAUAUCCCCAGUGUUUCCAAUCCCAAGAAUGAGGGCGUGCUGAGGCAAGAGUUUACGGCCGUGGCGAGGGAUAUUAAGGUGUUCUAUCAUAGCGUGCAGUCGGAUCCAAACCAUUGCGCCAUGGUUCCACUUUACUAUUCCUCGAUCAGUCCUCCAUACCCAGAAGAAGUUCCGGAAGUGCCACUGCCAAACACUGCUCCCACUGUGUCGAUUUCAAGUCUAGGAGUGAUUGAUAAAAUUAUGCAGCCGCAACAUGAACAGUUUACCGUUUGUGGAGACGGGAUCGGACCUUGGGUUGCGAGUGAUGAGUUGGGCACAGGAAUAGGGGUUUAUCUCGGAACUUGGAGAGGUCAGAUGGAGAUUAGUGCGGGGUAUAAUGAUGCGUUUAGGGGGAAGGAGGAGGCAGGUGACUUUUUAGAAGAGGUGAGGAGGAUUGUGUUUGAGGCAUUGGAUAUUAAGUAA